GCCGGACAAAAAUAGCCCAACACACCGGAUCUGCGGCAAUCUGCCUCGUCUUUUCUUGCUUCCUCCAUCUGUUCCAUCAAGCGAUCAAGCGCUGCGAGAAAACCCCUGUUUGUUAUAUCCCAAGUCUCACCUUUUUGUUUUGUGUUGUGCCAUUGGAUGCUGCUGCCCUCGUUGAUAUGCCGUCUGGGUAUAAACAUGGCGACACUCCGGCAAAAGCCAUGGUGCGCGGCACCAUUUCAUAUCUCGAAUCCCAGGGGCUGCCGGUAAACAAAUCUGCCAUUUUCCGUCACUUUGAGCUGUCUCGGUCUCAGGGAUAUGCCGCUCUGAAUUCGUCGCCGACGCCUAAGCGUGAAGAUCCCGAAUGGGGAGAGACGCGAGGACGACCAAGCAAGGUCUCGGACUCGGACCAGAAGAAGAUGGAGGAGAUCCUGUGGGAUGAAAAAUUUGAAGAUGUGAGCCUGAACUGGAAUGGGUUGGCCAAGGCAGCUGGCUUGGAGAUGAACUGCAACCGGAGAACGCUGCAUCGAACGUUGGGAACGUUGGCGUAUCGGCGAUGUCUUGCGUGUGGACGAACUCACACGCACAAGAGGCAUCGGGAGAAGCGUUGUGAUUACGCCAGGAAGACGUUGAUGGCAUAUCCUCUGGUGGAAGACUGGCGGCGCAUGCGAUUCAGCGGAGAGCUGCACUUUGGCUUUGGGCUUGACGGCAAGAUGCGUCUUACCCCAAGGUCGGGCGAGAGGCUGUGCAGCUCCUGCGAACAACAGCCUGGCUUGGACUGGCCACGGGAUAUCCGGCGUUUGCACGCUUGGGUGGCCGUCGGAUACGGCUUCAAAAGCGAGCUCGUCUUUUACGACACGUCCACCAACCCCAAGAACAGCGGCAACAUGUCCAUGCCAGACUACUGCGACAAGGUGCUCGACAAAGUCGUCAAGCCGUGGCUCACAUCCGCAGGCCCCCAGUCCUUCAUCCUGGAAGAAGACGCCGACGUCUUCGCCCACGGCAGCGCCAGCAAGAUCAACCUCGCGCAGCAGUGGAAGGACACGCACGGCCUGCGGUGCACCUUUAGCUGCGGCGAGAGCCCGGACCUGAGCCCGCUGGACUCGCUGCUGUGGCCGGCGAACAAGCAGUGGACGACGGAGCUGCUGACGGACUGGGAGGACGAGACGCUGCGAAGGGCGGCGAGGGAGGCGUGGGCGGGGGUUGGGCAGGACAAGAUUGAUAUGUGGGUGGAUGUGAUGCCGCAGAGGUUGCAGCUGGUAGUGGAGAGUGAGGGGAGGAUGGUGUCGUGGUGACUUGCUGAGAACUGGGUGUGUUUGUUAUCCGGGAUUGCAAUCUGUGAGUUUCAUGGGAGCAUUUGAUAUGGAGUCAUGCAAGUGUCUGUUUAGAGGGUAUAUGUGGUUUGCUUCUUCUUCUUUUCUACUCGGCAUGGUGUAUGGUGUUUGUUUGCAAGUUCUAGUAAUGACUAUCAUAGGUUUAGAUGAUGUUUGUGAUAGAGGGAUGGCAUCCAAUUGAGCAGCAUUAGUAUGAAAUAGUAGUAGAUUGAAUUUGAC